AUGUCCGUGUUACAGUGUACCAACGCAUGCCAAGCUGCCGGCUACUCGCUCGCCGGCGUGGAGUACUCGUCCGAGUGCUAUUGCGACAAUCAACUCCGCAACACUGGCUCCGCGGGCUUCGACGGCUGCAACAUGCUCUGCUCCGGCAACAGCUCCGAGUAUUGCGGCGGCUCCAAUCGUAUCAACGUCUAUCAGGCAUCCGCUAAGCCGAAAACUCCCAGCGUCUUGCCCUCAGCCAAUGUUGGCGUUAUUGGUGGCACACAGAACAUGUCUGUCGGCGGUUGUGUUUCAGCUUGCACUGCUGCUGGAUACCCCAUCGCCGGCGUCGAGUACUCGCAGGAAUGCUGCAGAGUUCUGUGGCGGAAGCAAUCGCCUCAACAUCUAUGCUCCGGGUUCUCUGACCUUGCCGGUCAGCUCGACGUCCUCUUCCACCUCUUCGACGACCUCGACAAGCUCUAUUUCAUCAUCUGUCUCAACCACCUCGAGCUCCUCUACAAGUUCAAAGUCUACGACAAGCUCCACUACAUCAUCUACGCCGACCUCUGUCUUGUCAACAUCUUCGUCCACCUCGACUUCUUCCCCGACCUCUUCAACGACUUCAAACACUACGAGCACUACGAGCAGCUCGUCCACGAAGACCUCCACAAUCACUACCACCAGCUCUUCGAGUACUACUGCCUCCAGUUCGUCGUCUUCGAAGACGUCAUCGUCCUCGUCCACUUCAACCACUUCGGCUAA